AUGAGAGCUGUACGCUUCCAUGGAAGAGGCGAUAUCCGCGUUGACGAGGUCGAAGAGCCAAUCUGUGGUAAUGGCCAGGUCAAGGCAAGCUUACCAUUGCUGCUUAUAACGUUACCUCCGAGGUUGAGUCUUGAGUCUCUAACAAAGAACCUUGGUCUUAACAGAUUCGACCUGCCUUUGUCGGAUUAUGUGGCAGUGGUAAAUAUCCAUGAGUAUCUUGCCGGCCCAAUGAUCGUGCCUGUCACCCCACAUCCAUUAACCGACGAGAAGCUGCCGACCACUCUGGGCCACGAGUUCAGUGGUACAGUUGAAGAGAUCGGGUCAGGCGUUACAGGGUUCAAGGUCGGAGAUCGGGUUGUAGUCAAGCCCAACCUCUUCGACGGCACAUGUUCGAACUGUUCAAUAGGCAUAUUCAAUUGCUGCGAGAAAGUUGCAUUCAUCGGGUUCAGCAUCGUGGACAGCGGACAUGCUAUUCCGCUACCGGAGUCCAUUCCACUCGAUAUCGGUGCUCUGGUGGAACCUCUCGCCGUCGCAUGGCACGCCGUAAGCCGCAGUCCUUUGCAGACAAAUGACACUGUACUUGUGGUUGGGGCUGGACCAAUCGGGUUGGCUAUUAUCCAGGUACUGAAAGUCAAAGGUAUCACCUCGAUUAUCGCGGUGGAGGUCUCUGAGCGACGACGUGAAUUUGCCCUGGCCCUGGGCGCCACCGAGGUCCUUAAUCCCAUUGAUGUGGAUGCGGUUACGCAGAUACGUGCCUUGACAGGGAACGCGGGUGCAGAUGUUGUAUUCGAGUGUUCCGGAGCUCAGGCUGGGCUUGAUACUGCGGUCGCUUGUCUUCGGGUACAUGGGACGGUGGUGGUCGUUUCCUUGUGGGAACAUAGGCCAACUAUCGAUACUUUUGCAGUUGUGUUCCAGGAGAAGAAUGUCAUAGGGGCUGCUCUUUAUGAUGAUGGGGACUUUGAGGCUGUGAUUGAUGAAAUUGCUUCCGGUGGUAUUCAGCCUCGCCCGAUGAUCACGAGUAAGAUCCGAAUGGAGGAUGUGGAUGAGAGAGGGUUCAAAGCUCUCAUCGAGGAAAGAGAUAAGCAUGUAAAGAUCCUGGUUGACAUUUCUGCAUGA